CGCCGCGCCGACGCCCUCUCCUUGUUUCUCGAUGUCGCUGGGUGAUGACGCAAGAAAAGGAAGGGUUCCCAGAGCGCCAGGUCACGUGAGCGGGACUCUUCGGAGCCGAGCAGCUGUGGCCCCUUGGAUGAUGUUCCGUAAAGAUCGUUGCUGUCUGUGCUCAUCAUAAAAACCGAAUCCUGUGCCUCGGAAUCGCUGGAGAUUGACAUUUGUUUGCCAGGCUUCAGGGACUGUACAUGAGCUCAGAAUGACGACCGUAAUCCGGACUUUAAGGGCUUUGCGGUUAGAGGCCUUCUCUGGACUCCUUCCCAGGACUUGUGGCCUCCACACAUCCACCCGGCAGUCCAACUCCAACCGGACAUCCAUCGCCUGCGUGGCCCGCCAGAAGUAUGCCCGGCUCUAUCCAGUGUUGCUGGUCAGGCCUGACGGUUCUACGUUCUAUAUCCGUUACAAGGAGCCAAGGCAGAUCCUUUCGAUACCUGUGGACAUCAACACGCUCCCUGACGCCGAAAGGAGAGCCCGCUUGCGGAAACGAGAUACCUCCAAACUUAAACCAAAAGAGGAGACACGUUUCGAAGAUGACUUUAAAUUGGACGAUUACAGAAAGUUUUGGAAAAAGAAAUGAGAUCCGCCACCCAGGGUGGAAAAUCAGUCACAAUCAGAUACUUAAUUUUACAUUUUAAGUUGUAAAAAUGUCCACAAAUAAAGAGAUGCCUUCUGUUUU